AUGAAUUUUUAUUCGUUGAUAUUAAUUCAAUUAACAAUCAUUUACUUAUUAAAUUGUUUAACAGAGAUUGAAGGAAAGACAAGCGUCUUGCCAACUAAAAAUACAACAACAAAAAUAAAUGUCACCAAAAGUAAAAAAAAGUUUAGACCUCAAAAACGUACAAAAAUUCUUUUAUUUAAUACAACAAAAAAGCCAAAAGAAAGUUUCGAAACUUCAAAUAAAACCUUUAUUAACAAACAAAAGCUUAAUACUAUAACAAAAAAUACAAUUCAACCUCGAAUAAAUAAUAAAACAAUUAUUGCUAAUAAUAAAAUUAGUAAUGGAACCAAAAAUAUGAAUUUAAAUAAAAAUUUAAAGAAAACACAUCAAUCUGAUAGAAUGGUGAAUAUAACUGUUAGAAUGAGUUCAAAUGUAGGUAAACUAAGUAUAGAGUUAAAACUUUGA